AUGGAGGCUGCGAACUCCCCUCUCGAGCGUGCCUUCAACACAUUCUUGCUGAGUAUGCCUGCAGAGCAGCUGGAAGAGCUUCUAAAGUACCUUCAGGACGCCAGAGCUCAAUCAAAUAACACUGUGUUGCUUCCCGCUGCAAGUGUUGCUGCUAUCUCUACCAGCCCUCUUUCAGACAACCGUCGUGAUGCCACUGUUACUCCUAGAGCAACCAGUCGUACUUCAGUUGUUCGUAGCAGACGGGGACAGGAAGGAAGGAAAAGACCACUCAACAGUUUCAUUGCAUUCAGAAGUUUCUAUUCCGUCAUGUUCCCCGACCUCACUCAAAAGGCAAAGUCGGGAAUCCUUCGCUUUUUGUGGCAGAACGAUCCUUUCAAGGCAAAGUGGGCAAUCCUCGCCAAAGCAUACUCCACCGUUCGUGAUAAUCACGAGAACGAAGUUUCCCUCGAUCAGUUCCUAGAACUUACCACCAACUUCAUUGGAAUUGUUGAGCCGACUCGCUAUCUUGACGAGAUGGGUUGGCAGUUGACCUUCGAUGACCAACAACAAUACACCAUGGCCAAGGCCAAAGUGAUAUCUACUUCCGACGCAAGCACUUCGACUAAUUACUCGGCGAACGAUAUUGUCACUCAUUGCUACGACGCUGGUCUGGUGUCAAGGAAUGAGUGUCGACACAACGAGAGCAAUGAUGACAAGACUGCCACAAUGGCUUUUGCUGCCCAAUCAACCAUGGUUAUCGACGAAAAUCACAGUCUCCAAGUCAAUUGCAAUGAUGCGAUUGUCACCACUUAUGGAAGUGCAACACCUGAGAUGUAUACCUCCUCACCCCAUAAAACGGACGAGACUCCCUCACCGAAUCCGAUUGAUGCUGACGGAAUGGCUGAUGACAAUGCUCUGGAGAUUGAGAAUGUACCUGCUGUCCAUAAUAGCCAACAUCUUGGGCUGUUUCCAUUUGCGGGAAGUGGCAUCAACCUCGACAGUAUGCAGUUUCCUGGCUACAACCAGGGUGAAGCCUUGUCCUUCUUGGAUCCAAAUCUUUCAGCACCAAUGGGGGAUUUCGAUCCAUUGAUGGAGCCUCCUUUUGGAGUCUUUGAUAUCAAUCAGUUCAUUAACUUCUAA